AUGUCUAACACGGACGAAGGCUCGGAACCAUUCACAACCAAAACGAAUACCACAGAUAGGGUCACCGGCCGUGUCCAUGAGUCUGCCAGUAAUGCGCGCGAGAAGAUAGCUGAAAAGUUCCAACCCGGAGAUACGAAGGCGACGUCUCGUCGCGCGUCGGAUACACCCGACAAUAUCUGGCAAUUUGGACAGGGUGGUCCGAGAGAAGAGCGUGAUUAUGGACUGGAGAGGGAAAAGUCUCUGCUGCAGUCGGCGCAGGAGACAGUGGCUAAGGCCCUUGGUGGAGGGUCUCGUGGUUAG